UUAAUUAUUUUCCGUUUCGAAACUGUGAAGGUGACAAUUUAAUUUAUAUAUUAAAUGGUUUAAUACAAACGAUAAAAUGAAAAUGCUAAUGAAAACGUCGCAGAGUUCUUUAAUAGUUGCCUUUACAAAAAGUGCAGUACGAGGAAAGACAUUUUCGUUUAUCAAAAAAUGUGAUUUUUCCUCUCAAAAUGUACCCAAUAAUAAAAUAACACGAAAAUCAAUUGUUACCCCGUUUCCUCCAUUAACCAAGCCUAUACCUAAUUUACCUAAAGCAAUCUAUGCUACUGCUAAAGAAGAACAUCAGGUUACUAAAGUAACAGUUUUGUCAAAUGGAUUGAAGGUUGCUUCGGAAAAUCGAUUUGGUCAGUUUUGUACAAUAGGUGUAUUGCUUGAUUCUGGUCCACGAUAUGAAAUUAUAUAUCCCAAUGGUAUCUCACACUUCCUAGAAAAGUUGGCAUUCGGAUCUACCAAAACAUACAAGAAUAAAGACCAGAUAAUGCUUGCACUAGAAAAACAUGGAGGUAUAUGUGAUUGUCAAGCAUCUAGAGAUACAUUUGUAUAUGCAGCAUCAGCAGAGCGCCAUGGAUUAGAUACUGUUGUACAAAUUUUAGGUGAUAUUGUUUUAAGGCCUCAAAUUACACAGGAUGAGGUAAAUGCUGCAAGAUUAAUGAUCCAUUUUGAAUUAGAAUCUUUACUUACAAGACCAGAACAGGAACCAAUACUUAUGGAUAUGAUUCAUGCAGCUGCAUAUAGAAAUAAUACUCUUGGACUUCCAAAGAUUUGUCCAAAGGAAAACAUUGAUCGUAUAGACAGAAAUAUAUUAUUUGAAUAUUUAAAACAUCAUUAUACACCACAUAGAAUGGUAGUAGCUGGAGUUGGUGUAGAGCAUGAAGAUCUUAUUUUAGCUGUUCAAAAAUAUUUUGUCGAGGAAGAAUCAGUUUGGGAACAAGAAGAAGAAAAAGAGAAGGAACAAAAGACAAAAAGCUCUAUAUCAACAAAAUUUUUAAAUACAGCCGAUACUUCAAUUGCCCAGUAUACUGGAGGUUACAUACUAGAAGAAUGUAAUGUACCAGUAUAUGCAGGACCUAGUGGUCUACCGGAAUUAUCGCAUGUCGUAAUAGGUUUGGAAGGAUAUUCUCAUCAAGAUUCUGAUUUCGUGGCAAUGUGUGUUCUAAAUAUGAUGAUGGGUGGUGGUAAUAGCUUCAGUGCUGGAGGUCCAGGAAAGGGAAUGUAUACUCGUUUGUAUACAAAUGUACUUAAUAGGUAUCACUGGUUGUAUAGUGCAACUGCAUAUAAUCACGCAUAUGCCGAUACAGGUCUUUUUUACAUUCAUGCAUCUUGCACACCAUCUCACGUCAGAGAUAUGGUAGAAGUAAUAGUGCAUGAAAUGGUUACCAUGACAAAUAAUAUUACGGAUAGUGAGUUAGCGAGAGCAAAGAAACAAUUGCAAUCUAUGUUACUUAUGAAUUUGGAACAAAGACCUGUUGUAUUUGAAGAUAUUGGAAGACAAGUUUUAGCCACUGGUUCUAGGAAACGGCCAGAAUACUUUAUAAAAGCAAUUGAUGAGGUAUCAAAAGACGAUGUAAAGAACGUAGCUCGCCGUUUACUUAAAUCACCACCUAGCGUAGCAGCCCGAGGGGAAGUAAGAACCGUUCCUUCAAUCAGAGAUAUUCAAGCUGGAUUAAUUCAUGAACAUGGCAGAUUGCCUGGUUCUCGUAGUAGAUUAUCACUUUUCCGUUAAUUUCAAAAAAGAAAUUAGUAAUUUACAAGAUCAUACAAUCGUUUUCAUAUUCUAAGUUUUCAACAAAAUUAUUAACCUUAUAUAAAUUAUUGAUUUAUCUUGAAAUUAAAAUAUCACAGUUUAAUUAUCGUAUAUGGUUAAAAGUUGUUUGUAAAUUUAUUUAUA